GCCUGUGAGUAUUCCCUGUUCUGGUGCUGAAAAACCUGACUCGUUAAGUGCAUCCCUCGUGGAUCUUGUUGCUUUCUUCGUUCCCGUUCCACUGCAUUGCUUAUUUUUUCAGUUAAAGUUCCACUCUUUUUGUCUUUUGCCAUUACCAAUCAGAUCAUUCCUUUACAAUUCCAAAAAUAAACCAAAACCCACCAAGAACUUGUCUUCAUUCUGUUGAGAACUUCUCCACAAUGAAGGCAUUGCAGAUUGGAUUAUGGUCAGUUUGGGUAUCUGGGGUUCUGCUAAUUGCAAUAUCCCUUUAUGCUACUCGGAGUUUACCAUUCUCCAACAAUCCAAUUUUCAUCCAUGGAAGUUUCAGCGAUCUUGAAGCUCCAAAAAUUACUAUUUUCACUGCACCUACGCCGUUUACAGGUUCUUCAGGGACUAAACAGAGUCUAGCUAUUCGGUCAUGGCUUGCUUUGUCCCCACAAAUCUCAGUCAUUCUCUUCAGUCAACACCAUUCUGCUGCUUCUUUCGCCACUUCUUUUGGUUCCCGGGUUUUGGUCGAAUCCAAUAUUGAUUUCACGUUUCUUGGGGUUCCUUUCUUUCAUUCCAUGGUGGCAAAGUCACGGUCAUUUAAAUCUGACAUAUAUAUUUUCAUGGAUACGGAAUCUGUUCUCCUGCCUGACUUUGUUUCGGCGUUGAAUUAUGCUCGUGAACUUGAUAAUGAUUGGCUCCUUUUUGCUUCUCCAAGAAAUGUUUCGAAUUUCCCAUUCUAUCUAGACAAUGAUGGGAAACAUUGGCUAAAAGAUGGCAAAAGGAUAAGAAUUCAGGAGUUGCAGGGUACACUAGGCUCAAGUUGGCAGUGGAAUUGUUGUGACAGUAGAAUGGUGAUAGCAUGGAACAAUGGGGAUAUGCCCUUACAUCAUGGAGUGCUUCCUCCUUUCCUGUAUGGGAAGGGAGUUUACAACCACUGGCUAAUCAACGAGGCCUUGUCCAGUGGAUUAAGGUUCGUGUUUGAUGCCAGUUGGACUAUCUCAAACAUUGCCCUGGACGAUUCACUGCUUUGGUCUAACUGUUUAGUUAAGAGCUCCGAUGUUUCAGAUAUCGAAAAGGGAAGUUGGGAAUAUGAUGGCAAUUCCCAUCUUGCAGCAGUAUAUGGAUCAUCGUCUCUUCACGGAAUUAACUAUUCCAUUGUGAUGAAACUUCUGAAAUGUGAUGGUCAAUACCUUAUUAUUAAUACUACAGAAGAUUUCCUUCAUUCUUGUACCUAUGCAAGGACGAGGUUAUGGAUCAUCCCAAACUGCAGGAGAUCAAAGAAAACUUUGGCUUGCAUUGCUGGAACUAUAAAGUCGCAGAACAGAACUUUAGGUUGCUCUUUGAGAGAUCAAAUAGUUCCCACAAAGACAUUAAAGCUUCCCAUUUCCUUGGAAUCACUACUUGCCAUCGUUGCAGACAAGAAUCGGACAGUUGUGCUCACAGUCGCAGGAUAUAGUUAUAAGGACAUGUUACUGAGUUGGGUCUGCAGAUUGAGGCACCUCAGAAUUACAAACUUUUUGGUUUCUGCACUUGAUUAUGAGACUUAUCAGUUCUCCGUAAUGCAGGGCCUUCCUGUCUUCAACGAUCCAUCAGCUCCAAGUAAUAUUAGCUUUAACGAUUGCCACUUUGGAACAAAAUGCUUUCAGAGAGUAACAAAGGUGAAAUCCAGAUUGGUUUUAAAGAUUCUGAAGCUAGGAUACAACGUACUUUUGAGUGAUGUGGAUGUAUACUGGUUUAGAAAUCCUUUGCCAAUGCUUUCCUCUUUCGGUCCUGCCACUCUUGCGGCUCAGUCUGAUGAAUACAAUCAAACAGGUCCUAUAAACUUACCGAGACGCUUGAACUCCGGCUUUUACUUUUCCCGUGCUGAUGCCCCCACUAUUGCUGCUAUGGAAAAGGUAGUGAGGCAUGCUGCAACUUCUGGCCUAUCCGAGCAGCCGAGUUUCUAUGAGACGUUAUGUGGUGAAGGGGGUUCCUCUCGUGAGGGUGAUAAUAGAUGUGUGGAACCUGAGACAAGUUUGACUGUUCAUUUCUUGGACAGAAACCUUUUCCCAAACGGUGCAUACAUGGGGCUAUGGGAGAGAGAAGACGUAAAAUCAGCCUGUAAGAAGCAGGGUUGUCUGGUUCUUCAUAACAAUUGGAUUAGUGGAAGAGUGAAGAAGCUGGAGCGACAGGUACGAUCGGGCUUAUGGGAAUAUGAUAUUGCUAGAAGGAUGUGCUUGAUGUGCUCUUAAGAAUUUAAUUCACUAGGAAGUUUCGUAAUCUAGGUGGAUAACUUUGAGAAUUCUUGUGGAAUAUAACAAAAGAAAAUGCCAUUGUUGCUUGUUUAAUUUCUUGGUUUCAUCAAUUUUUCUGUGGGAUAAUAUUAAACUAGAGAAGCCGGCCUUAAAAUUACAAAACGACAUCCAAAUGGGUUAAGCAGAAGAAUACACAACCUUAAAACAAGGGAUGGUCCGUCGUACCCCAUGCAACGGAAUAUAAUGCAACAUCUGGAUCAGGUGGCUUUUAAUCCACAGCUAUGUUGAAGAUGUGUGUUGCAUUGUUCAGGUUCGUUAAGCAUAAGAACCAGGAUUCUGGUAACAAGAAAGAUGUGCGAGGAGCUCCCAUGUCAGUUGACUUCUCGCAAUCAAGGGAUAUAUAUGUGAGGAUAGUUCAUGCAGGUGGGAAAGAGGAACUGUAUCGAAAUGUUGUUCCUGUAUCUCACCUGAUGAAAAAACAUCCAGGGAUGUGUAUUACACGUACCGAAGUUUUUACGAAUCCUGAUGAGUCCCUUUUACGUCCUGGAGAUCGCCUGUUGCCUGGCCAAAAGUAUUACAUUAUCCCAUCCUCUACAGUCCAAAAACUGAAGAGUAGACACCGAAAGAAGCUUCAGGUCAAACGAGCAGCUGAAGGCAGAGAGGAAAGGCCAGAUGCAAGGAUCACUAGGGAUAUAUCUGGAGAAAACUUGGAGGAAUCUGUUUAUUCAGCAAAAGACUUCUAUGUUGCCAAGCCUUCCAAGGCAUCUAAAGUUCCAAAGGAGAAAGAGUCGAAACAUUCAGGGCGGAAAGGUAGAGGGGUGAAGAAGCCUUUUGUACCCCCACUCCCGAGGGCAUCGAUGUUGCGCGAAUCAGGUUGGGAACCCAGUUUAACUUCUAUUCAAGAACUUUCUCCAUGACUUUUUUCUACCUCAAGCUUCUGUUCACCCUCCUGUUCGGGUAACAUGCUUGUUAUUUCCUUUAGAUGCUUGUAAGGGAAGUAUAUUAACUUGAAUAAAUCAAAAACAUGCAUUUCC